UUGUCAUGGAAACCAAGUAGCCUCAUUUUGCAGGGGCCGCCCUUCCCCAGGGUGCGGCCGCCCGGCAGGUCCUGCCUCUCCUGCGCUCAGCGCCUCCUCUGGGGGCCCUUUGGGGGCAUCUUUCCACAGACCAGACCCUGUGCUCGACUUGUGGACGUCAUGGCCGCCACCGCCACCAGCAUCCGCCAGAUUUCCACCUCCGGCUCUGUCAAGGGCCUGUGUAUGCCCAGCGGGGGCUUCUCUCGGAUGUCUUCCAUCCGUGUUGGGGGUGCUUGCCGGGCCCCCAGCCUCCUGGGAGUCGGCAGCUCUGGCAAUAUGUCCAUGUCCUCAUCCCGCUUCUCCAUGGGCUUGGGGGGCGGCUAUGGCGGGGGCUACACCUGCAACCUGGGCGGGGGCUUCGGCUCCAGCUUUGGCAUGGCCGACAACUUGCUGGGAGGCAGUGAGAAGGAGACCAUGCAGAACCUCAACGACCGCCUGGCCUCCUACCUGGAGAAGGUGCGUGCCCUGGAGGAGGCCAACGCAGACCUGGAGGUGAAGAUCCAUGACUGGUACAAGAAGCAGGGGCCCGGGCCCGCCCGCGACUACAGCCACUACUUCAAGACCAUCGAGGAGCUUCGGAGCAAGAUCCUGGCGGCCACCAUUGACAAUGCCAACUUGGUGCUGCAGAUCGAUAAUGCCCGCCUGGCAGCCGACGACUUCCGCACCAAGUACGAGACGGAGCUGAACCUGCGCAUGAGCGUGGAGGCCGACAUCAACGGCCUGCGCAGGGUGCUGGACGAGCUGACCCUGGCCAGAGCUGACCUGGAGAUGCAGAUCGAGAGCCUCAAGGAGGAGCUGGCCUACCUCCGGAAGAACCACGAGGAGGAGAUGAAUGCCCUGCGAGGCCAGGUGGGAGGGGACGUCAACGUGGAGAUGGACGCCGCCCCCGGCGUGGACCUGAGCCGCAUCCUGAACGAGAUGCGCGACCAGUACGAGAAGAUGGCAGAGAAGAACCGCAAGGAUGCCGAGGACUGGUUCUUCAGCAAGACCGAGGAGCUGAACCGCGAGGUGGCCACCAACACUGAGGCCCUGCAGAGCAGCCGGACGGAGAUCACAGAGCUGCGCCGCACGGUCCAGAACCUGGAGAUUGAGCUGCAGUCCCAGCUCAGCAUGAAAGCGUCGCUGGAGGGCAGCCUGGCGGAGACCGAGGCACGCUAUGGAGCCCAGCUGGCCCAGCUUCAGGGGCUCAUCAGCAGCAUUGAGGCUCAGCUGAGCGAGCUCCGCUGUGACAUGGAGCGGCAGAACCACGAAUACCAAGUGCUGCUGGACGUGAAGACCCGGCUGGAGCAGGAGAUCGCCACCUACCGCCGCCUGCUGGAGGGCGAGGACGCCCACCUGUCCACCCAGUACUCCUCGUCCCUGGUCUCACAGCCCACUCGGGAAGGCACGGUGACCACCCGCCAGGUGCGGACCAUCAUGGAGGAAGUCCAGGACGGCAAGGUGGUCUCCUCCCGCGAGCAGGUCCAUCGCUCCACCCACUGA